CCCCACCCCCAGCUGGUUGUAUAAAUUCCUUCCCUUUGCUCCUUCCCUGGAACAACGGCCUCUAACACCAGCACAGCAAACCCGCCAGGAUCAAAGUGUACCAGUUGGCAGCAUGGCUACAAAAUGUGGGAACUGUGGACCCGGCUACUCCACCCCUCUGGAGGCCAUGAAAGGACCCAGAGAAGAGAUCGUCUACCUGCCCUGCAUUUACCGAAACACUGGCACUGAGGCCCCAGAUUACCUGGCCACUGUGGAUGUUGACCCCAAGUCUCCCCAGUAUUGCCAGGUCAUCCACCGGCUGCCCAUGCCCAACCUGAAGGAUGAGCUGCAUCACUCAGGAUGGAACACCUGCAGCAGCUGCUUCGGUGAUAGCAGCAAGUCGCGCACCAAGCUGGUGCUGCCCAGUCUCAUCUCCUCUCGCAUCUAUGUGGUGGACGUGGGCUCUGAGCCCCGGGCCCCAAAGCUGCACAAGGUCAUUGAGCCCAAGGACAUCCAUGCCAAGUGCGAACUGGCCUUUCUCCACACCAGCCACUGCCUGGCCAGCGGGGAGCUGAUGAUCAGCUCCCUGGGAGACCUCAAGGGCAAUGGCAAAGGGGGUUUUGUGCUGCUGGAUGGGGAGACGUUCGAGGUGAAGGGGACAUGGGAGCGACCUGGGGGUGCUGCGCCAUUGGGCUAUGACUUCUGGUACCAGCCUCGACACAAUGUCAUGAUCAGCACUGAGUGGGCAGCUCCCAAUGUCUUACGAGAUGGCUUCAACCCUGCUGAUGUGGAGGCUGGGCUGUACGGGAGCCACUUAUAUGUAUGGGACUGGCAGCGCCAUGAGAUCGUGCAGACCCUGUCUCUAAAAGAUGGGCUUAUUCCAUUGGAGAUCCGCUUCCUGCACAACCCAGAUGCUGCCCAAGGCUUUGUGGGCUGCGCGCUCAGCUCCACCAUCCAGCGCUUCUACAAGAACGAGGGAGGUACUUGGUCAGUGGAGAAGGUGAUCCAGGUGCCCCCCAAGAAAGUGAAGGGCUGGCUGCUGCCCGAAAUGCCAGGCCUGAUCACCGACAUCCUGCUGUCCCUGGAUGACCGCUUCCUGUACUUCAGCAACUGGCUGCAUGGGGACCUGAGGCAGUAUGACGUCUCUGACCCACAGAGACCCCGCCUCACAGGACAGCUCUUCCUCGGGGGCAGCAUCGUUAAGGGAGGCCCCGUGCAAGUGCUAGAGGACCAGGAACUAAAGUCCCAGCCAGAGCCCCUGGUGGUCAAGGGAAAACGGGUGGCUGGAGGCCCUCAGAUGAUCCAGCUCAGCCUGGACGGGAAGCGCCUCUACGUGACCACGUCGCUGUACAGCGCCUGGGACAAGCAGUUUUACCCUGAUCUCAUCAGGGAAGGCUCUGUGAUGCUGCAGGUUGAUGUAGACACAGUAAAAGGAGGGCUGAAGUUGAACCCCAACUUCCUGGUGGACUUCGGGAAGGAGCCUCUAGGCCCAGCCCUCGCCCAUGAACUCCGCUACCCUGGGGGCGAUUGUAGCUCUGACAUCUGGAUUUGAACUCCACCCUCAUCACCCUCAGUCCAUAUUUUGAGCCCUCACUUCCUUGGGGACCUGGCUUCAUUCUGCUCUCUCUUGGCACCCAACCCUUGGCAGCAUGUACCACACAGCCAAGCUGAGACUGUGGCAACGUGUUGAGUGGUAUCCAUUUACCGACCACUGUUGCUUGUUGCUCACUGUGCUUCUUUUCCAUGAGCUCUUGGAGGCACCAAGAAAUAAACUGUUGACCCUGUUCUUCAGAUGGCCUUGUCUUUGGGGGCCUGAGGCCUGUGUCUCCUCUUCUGUCUACGCUUUGUAUCUUGUACAAGAAAAGGCUAAAGAGGCCUCUGGGGGGGUUAUGGUAACUAGUUCACACCAGUGAUGCUAAUAAUGCCAAAAUCUCACUUUUAUGGCCAGACAGAAUCUGAAAAUUUUGGGGAUGAUUGUCACAAGGAGACCUGGGGGUAGAGAAUGUAAAUUUGUGUUUCUGAAGUUUUGUUUUUUUAACCCAUGCUUUCUUUUAAUGAACCUAAAAAUCUCACCCAUCACUCCCAAGACAAUGUAAUAUGCUCCCUCACACACAGGAGACCCCAGGACCCCUUUUCUGUAUAGUGUAAUAAAUUUCCACUGAUGGCAAGA